GAUUUAAGCAUCUGUACGGUACAACACAAAAAGUAACACUAGUUUAUUUUAAACAGAUAAAAAUGAAAACAUUAUUACUGCUGCUCCUUUUCACAACGUGCGCACUUGCAUACCCGACGGUGGUAGUGCCCGUAGAAUGGGAUGACGUCCCUGAAACUGCUCCACCGGCGCGUAAUUUAAAUUCACCUUAUCUCGGGGAGUGCGUAUGUGAUGUUACAUGGGGAGUUUGUGAUCCUCACUGCUGCUGCGACGAUGAUUGCGACGCUGCGACUAUCCGUUCGUUUUCAUAUUGUUUGCCAGAGAAAUUCAGCUCUCCAUAUUUGGAUUAUUGUUAUCCCAAAGACAGAGCAACUGCGUUGAAGAAAAUUAAUAAUAUAGAUGCUACUUUCAUAGAGAAGAAAAAACAAGGCUACAAUGCUGUGUGUGUCAUUCGUGCCAAUCACCCGAAAGAGCUGUACAGGUACUUUAGAGUUCCCACCAGUGUCCAAAAACCGAUAAUACCGUCCCCUUCUGCUCCCACCGUGGUAGUCAAUCAAACUUACGCUGUCGGAUCGCCUCUAGUUUUUGCCAAGCUGACAGAAGCUGGUGGCCGCGCUUCCUACCGUCGCACAGAUGCCUUCCAAAUUCCAAUUACCCGCAGUGAUGGCUCCUGCUCAUCAUUUGGUCGAACGGUGGAUUUCCUCGACUCUGUCCAAGGCGUUUCGUGUGUGCUCAACGGCGCACAAAUAUGCUCCAAUUUUCCGACAGCGAAAUACACUAAUUUAUCUGUGCAGCGCAUUCAGUGGUACAGCGAGUCGAAUCUCGCGCUUAUUCCUGUGACGCUGAACAUUUUCAACUCGUCCGGCGCGUUACUCGAGUCGAUUGUCACGGGUGAAACGACUUUGAGCAGCACUUUCCUUUCCUACGCAGAUUCGACUACCUGCUUCAACGCUACUGUUGCUGUGACGGCACAAUUUACCUACGCGAUCAAUGAAACCGGUACAAUUACUGCAGCUGUAAUCAAUGCUACUGUGGCAGACGUAGGACUCGAUCAAUACACCGCUAUGACUUUUCAGGCCGGUUUUGUCGCUGCGAAUAAAACGAUCCCAUCCAAUAUCAUUGCAGGAACUCCAGGUUAUUUGCCAGGGUACAAGGUUCGCGCCGGUACCCUUGUCCACAAAGGCGGGAAAAGUGCCAUUCUGGAGCGCGAGAGUGGGUUUGCCGUUCCAAACGGAGGUCGAGUGUGCAGCGCAGCGCGCUGGAAACGCUCCAGCUUUUUGUACUCCGUGAUUAGCAGUGGCUGCGUUGUUUCCAUGAGUGAAGCCGAGGUGCGGUCGAUGUGCUCCACUGGUACGGCAAGUCUGAUCAACAGUCUCAUAAAUAGCACGAUCGACGGUGUCGGCACGGCUUUUGACAGAGUCGCUAUCACAAACGAUGCUUUUACUAACGACACAAGUAGUUGGAUCGCGAUUGACGGGUUGUCGAACGCCCUCUCUCCGACAGCUGGCACAUAUAACGAGUACAACAGGGCUUGUGAGAGUAUUAUGGUUGGCCUACACUAUCAAUUUGUUAUUGCGCGCGCUGGUGCGGAAUACAAUGCACAGGAUAUUAUUGUUGGUGCAUUUGUUUCACCGAUAUCGGGAACGCUAAAAAUACAAAAUCAGACAGUGUUUGACUCAAGUGCCACGGCGUUGCAGCGAAUCACCUUUAAAGUGAGUUUCACGAGAUAUGAUCCAAACUCACAGGCAACGAUUAUGCGCCGAGUGAUUGCGCCACCCAUUCUUCCACGCCUUGAUGAUACAAUCUUCUAUCCGUUCCGGAGACCGUAUCCGUUAUAG